AUGGAGCCUCACUUUGCAGUUGCGCUUCCAUUGAUGUUCCUAAUUACUCCUUGGCUUUUAUUGGCUAACGCUGAAAGGUCCACAUACAUAGUUCAUAUGGACAAGUCCCUCAUGCCUCGUGUCUUUGCAAGCCAUAAUGAUUGGUAUGAAUCCACCAUUCAUUCCAUAAAGUUAUCAACAGCUGAUCAUCAUCCAUCAAAGCAAUCACAGAAAUUAGUGUACACAUACAACCAUGCCAUGCAUGGAUUCAGUGCAAUGCUAUCAUCAAAUGAGUUGGGGACACUAAAGAACAGUCAUGGUUUUGUCUCAGCUUACCCAGACAGGUCUGCCACCAUAGACACCACUCACACCUUUGAGUUUCUCUCACUCGAUUCCUCCUAUGGCCUAUGGAAUGCUUCAAAUUUAGGGGAGGAUAUGAUUGUUGGUCUUAUUGACACUGGUAUCUGGCCUGAGAGUGAGAGCUUCAAAGAUGAUGGCAUGACCAAAAAAAUCCCAACCAAAUGGAAAGGAACAUGUGAGCCAGGACAAGAAUUCAACACUUCCAUGUGUAACUUCAAACUAAUUGGAGCUAGAUAUUUCAACAAGGGUUUGAUUGCAGCAAAUCCUAAUGUCACAAUAAGCAUGAACUCAGCUAGAGACACAACGGGCCAUGGAACCCACACAUCAUCAACAGUUGCAGGCAACUAUGUUAAUGGAGCCUCUUUCUUUGGCUACGGUGAAGGUGUAGCAAGAGGCAUUGCACCACGAGCUAGGCUUGCCAUGUACAAGGUCCUUUGGGAUGAAGGAGAACAAGCCUCUGAUGUUCUUGCUGGAAUGGACCAAGCAAUUGCUGAUGGGGUUGAUGUCAUUUCCAUUUCUUUUGGUUUCAAUAAUGUUCCACUUUAUGAGGAUCCUGUAGCAAUAGCUGGUUUUGCAGCAAUGGAGAAAGGGGUUGUGGUUUCAUCUUCUGCAGGCAACGAUGGUCCCCAACUUGGUACUUUGCACAAUGGAAUCCCCUGGGUUCUUACCGUGGCAGCAGGCACCAUUGAUCGCACAUUUGGUAGUUUGACAUUAGGAAAUGGCAAAACCAUUAUUGGUUUGACCUUGUUUGCGGCAAACGCUAUUGUGGAAAAUCUUCAACUUGUCUACAACAAAAAUCUAUCAGCAUGUAACUCAGUCAAUCUGUUAUCUGAAGCAGCCACAAGAGGGAUCAUUGUAUGUGAUAACUUAGACUCUGUCUCUGUCAUUAAUCAAUCCAAUUACAUCUCUGAAGCUGGUGUCUUAGGAGCUGUAUUUAUCUCUGAGGAUCCGCGUCUAAUUGAAUUAGGACGUUUGCACUCUCCAAGUAUAGUAAUAAACCCAAAGGAAGGACCAUCAGUGAUAAACUAUGCAAAAAGUGUUGAGACACCAACUGCAAGCAUCAAAUUUACACAAACAUUUGUUGGAAUAAAGCCAGCACCAGCUGUUGCCAAUUACACUUCAAGAGGUCCUUCUCCAAGUUAUCCAGGGAUCUUGAAGCCUGAUAUAAUGGCACCUGGCACUACUGUUCUGGCUGCUUUUGUUCCAAAUAAACCAGCAGCUAGAAUUGGGAAUAAUGUGCUUUUACCCAGUGGUUUUAAUUUUCUGUCUGGAACAUCCAUGGCUUGUCCUCAUGUAUCUGCUGUUGCUGCUCUUCUUAAGGCUUCACACCCAGAAUGGACUCCAGCUGCUAUAAAAUCUGCAUUAGUCACCACUGCUAAUCCUCUUGAUAAUACCCAAAAUCCAAUAAGGGAUAAUGGUAACCCAUCUCGUCAACAUGCUUCUCCUCUUGCCAUGGGAGCUGGUGAGAUUGAUCCUAAUAGAGCACUCGAUCCAGGACUCAUAUAUGAUGCUACCCCACAAGACUAUAUCAACCUCCUUUGCUCUUUGGGCUACACACACAACCAAAUCUUGACUAUCACAAGGUCAAACUCGUUUAACUGUACAAACCCAUCAUCUGAUCUUAACUACCCUUCGUUUAUUGCUUUGUACGGUAACAAAACAAGGUCCAUAGUCAACGAGUUUCGGAGGACUGUUACCAAUGUGGGAGAUGGUGCUGCUACAUACAGAGCCAAGGUGAAGUCACCCAGGGGCUCUGUGGUUAGAGUGUCACCUGAGAAGCUAGCUUUCGGGUAUAAGAAUGAGAAGCAGUGCUACUCUGUUGUUAUAAACUAUACGAGGUACAAGAAGGAAAACGUAUCGUUUGGUGAGAUUGUUUGGGUUGAAGAGGGUGGUGCACACAGGGUAAGGAGCCCUAUUGUAGUGGCACCAAUGUGA